GGCCUCUGGGAAAUGUAGUUCGGGGCAGGAAGCAGCGGGACGACUCGAUUUUUCUCAGUACCAAGUUGCGCUCCCAAUCUGAGAGCUGGGCUGGCAGGAGGCCGCUCCGGCAAAACCGUAGGCUGAGCUCCCCUACGCGGAGCUGUGAGCCCUGGAACGCCGUGGACGGCUUCUCAGGACGCGCAAACGGGGAAGCCGGUCCCGCCCGGGUGAGCCGCGGGGGCCUCUGGGAAGCGUCUCCCCUGGUCUAACGGACCAAGGCUUGUGGCGCCCUCAGCCACCUACAGCCCCGGCCUCAGGGGCGCCUCUGUCCCAGCCCGCGCCGGCUGUGCCACUUCGGCAGCUUUACGUGUGGUUUCGGGGCCUGUGUCCGCGGGCUCGGUGAGUUCUUCAUAUAUUAAGGAUUCAUUCAUUCAUAGACUCAUCAUUUAUUGAACGCUGUCUGUGUAACAGGCACGAUCCUAGGUGCUUGGGAUAUAGCAGUGAACAAGAGGCAACCCCCCUACUAUCAUGGUACUUACAUUUUUGUGGGCCAGAUAAUAAACAAGGGAUGUAAACAGCUGGAAGGAGCUUUGCUUCAAUCAUUACAACAAGGAAACUACAAACUUCUACCCUACAACAAGGAAAUGGACAGACUACAAAAUAACUUUUCUAGAACCCAUCAGAGAACUGAGGUCACAGGGCAACCAAGUAAUCUUAAAUCUGGGGAAAGAAAGAUGCCAGCUGAGAGAAACAGGACUCAAGCUUUACUUACCUGGGAUGGACUCUGCCAGACACCAUAUAAGCCACUCGACUUCUGCAGGCCCCAUCCCUUCCCAGAAAGAAGAGGAAAUGACUGAGUCCCAGGGAACAGUGACAUUCAAAGAUGUGGCUAUUGACUUCACCCAGGAGGAGUGGAAGAGAUUGGAUCCUGCUCAGAGAAACCUGUACCGGAACGUGAUGCUAGAAAACUAUAACAACUUAAUCACAGUGGGCUAUCCAUUCACAAAACCUGAUGUGAUUUUCAAAUUGGAGCAAGAAGAAGAACCAUGGGUGAUGGAGGAAGAAGUAUUAAGGAGACACUGGAAAGGAGAAAUAUGGGGAGUUGAUGAGCAUCAGAAAAACCAGGACAGACUUUUGAGACAAGUUGAAGUUAAAUUCCAGAAAACACUGACUGAAGAAAAAGGCAAUGAAUGUCAAAAGAAAUUUGCAAAUGUAUUUCCUCUGAACUCUGAUUUUUUCCCUUCCAGACACAAUCUCUAUGAGUAUGACUUAUUUGGAAAGUGUUUAGAACAUAAUUUUGACUGUCAUAAUAAUGCUAAAUGCCUUAUAAGAAAGGAACAUUGUGAAUAUAAUGAACCUGUGAAAUCAUAUGCUAACAGCUCAUCCCAUUUUGUCAUUACUCCCUUUAAGUGUAAUCAUUGUGGAAAAGGCUUCAAUCAAACUUUGGACCUCAUCAGACAUCUGAGAAUUCAUAGUGGAGAAAAGCCCUAUGAAUGUAGUAACUGUAAAAAAGCCUUCAGUCACAAGGAAAAACUUAUUAAACAUUAUAAAAUUCACAGUAGGGAGCAGUCUUACAAAUGUAAUGAAUGUGGUAAAGCUUUCAUUAAAAUGUCAAAUCUCAUUAGACAUCAAAGAAUUCAUACUGGAGAGAAGCCCUAUGCAUGUAAGGAAUGUGAGAAGUCCUUCAGCCAGAAAUCAAAUCUUAUUGAUCAUGAAAAAAUUCACACUGGAGAGAAACCUUAUGAAUGUAAUGAGUGUGGAAAAGCAUUCAGCCAGAAGCAAAGCCUCAUUGCACAUCAGAAAGUUCAUACUGGGGAGAAACCUUAUGCAUGUAAUGAAUGUGGUAAAGCCUUCCCUCGAAUUGCAUCUCUUGCUCUUCAUAUGAGAAGUCAUACAGGAGAAAAACCUUAUAAAUGUGAUAAAUGUGGUAAAGCCUUCUCUCAGUUUUCCAUGCUUAUUAUACAUGUUAGAAUUCAUACAGGUGAAAAACCCUAUGAAUGUAAUGAGUGUGGAAAAGCCUUCUCUCAAAGCUCAGCCCUUACUGUACAUAUGAGAAGUCACACUGGUGAGAAACCCUAUGAAUGUAAGGAAUGCAGAAAAGCCUUCAGCCACAAGAAAAACUUCAUUACACACCAGAAAAUCCAUACUAGAGAGAAACCUUAUGAGUGUAAUGAAUGUGGGAAAGCUUUUAUACAGAUGUCAAAUCUUGUUAGACACCAGAGAAUUCAUACUGGGGAAAAACCCUAUAUAUGUAAGGAAUGUGGGAAAGCCUUUAGCCAGAAAUCCAAUCUCAUUGCUCAUGAAAAAAUUCAUUCUGGAGAGAAACCCUAUGAAUGCAAUGAAUGUGGUAAAGCCUUCAGCCAAAAGCAAAACUUUAUUACACAUCAAAAAGUUCAUACUGGAGAGAAACCUUACGAUUGUAAUGAAUGUGGUAAAGCCUUCUCUCAAAUUGCAUCCCUUACCCUUCAUUUGAGAAGUCAUACAGGGGAAAAGCCUUAUGAAUGUGACAAAUGUGGUAAAGCCUUCUCUCAGUGCUCACUGCUUAAUUUACAUAUGAGAAGUCACACAGGUGAGAAGCCCUAUGUAUGUAAUGAAUGUGGGAAAGCCUUCUCUCAAAGAACUUCCCUUAUUGUGCACAUGAGAGGUCAUACAGGUGAAAAACCCUAUGAAUGUAAUAAAUGUGGAAAAGCCUUCUCCCAAAGUUCAUCCCUUACUAUACAUAUACGAGGACAUACAGGUGAGAAACCCUUCGACUGCAGUAAAUGUGGAAAAGCCUUCUCUCAAAUCUCAUCUCUUACCCUUCAUAUGAGAAAACAUACAGGUGAGAAGCCCUAUCACUGUAUUGAGUGUGGCAAGGCUUUCAGCCAAAAGUCACACCUUGUUAGACACCAGAGAAUUCAUACUCAUUAGAAACCCUAUGAAUACUGUGAAUAUGGCAAAGCCUUCUGAAGGAAUUAACACCUCAUUGCACGUUACAUGAUCACUUCCAGAGUAGAAAACUAUGAAUGUGGGAUAGCCUUCUGAAAAAGCCACAAAUUUAUGAAACAUUAGAGAAUUCUUCCAAGGUGACAAAUUAUAUAAUGAAAAAGCUGAUUAUCAGAAACUUUCAGCAGACAUCUUACUGAUAAUAUUUAAUCAGAAUUCUCAUUGAAAUCUGAAACAAGGUAUCUGCCAUCAGCAUAACAACACAAUACUUGAGCUCCUAGCCAAUGUAUUAAGUAAGAAAAACAAGAUUGGGAAAACCAAGUAUCAAUGAAGAACUAUAAAAAUAACUUAUACAAAAAAUAGUUAAUUAGAAAACAUGUUGAUAGAAAAAUCUAAGAAUAAACACAACAAUGAAUUGAGGUCUUCAUCAAGUUAUAAAACAUGUUGAAAGGCACCUGAAAAAUGAUAUUUUGUCUGAAAAAACUUGACAUUGUAAAAAUAAAAUUUCUCUCCCAAAUCGCUAAGUUUAA